UCUAGCAAACUACCAACACGUGUUUGUUCCACAGAACCGCAGUUUUCUUGAAAUAUUCACAUUUUUAAACAAAAAAACAAUGGGCAAAGUGAAAGUAGAAGACGCCGACACUUCCGUGCAGACCAGCGGCGAUGUGACCAUCAAGGAAGAGGAGACCUACGACGACAAGCUGCUUUUCGUGAAUGCCAUUGCCAAGCCCAUGGCAGGUAAAAAACUGGCCAAGAAGUGCUACAAGCUGGUCAAGAAGGCGAUGAAGCACAAGACCUUCCUGCGCAAUGGACUGAAGGAUGUUCAGACUCGCCUGCGCAAGGGAGAAACUGGCAUUUGCAUAUUUGCUGGUGAUGUGACACCCGUGGACAUCAUGUGCCACCUGCCGGCUGUAUGUGAGGAGAAGGGCAUUCCCUAUGCCUACACGCCCAGUCGAGCUGAUCUGGGAGCUGCUAUGGGUGUCAAGCGCGGCACAGUUGCCCUGCUGAUCCGGCAAAACGAAGACUACAAGGAUCUGUACGAUGAGGUCAAGGAGGAGAUGUCCGGAUUGAAUGUUCCCAUCUAAGGGAAGACCUCCUGUAGUUGUAGAUUCGUUUGCUAAUUAAGUGUCCUAGUUAAGUUAACAGAAGUUUGCUGAAUAAACGCGAACAAAACCUAA